AUGGCAGACAGGUCCGGCUCAGCAGCUGCCUCGCGAAAUGCACGUGCUAGAGCUGUUCUUGGCUCAGAUUUCCAUGAACGUCUCUCCAAUGUUAAGGUUCUGCUUGUGGGUGCUGGCGGGAUUGGCUGUGAGCUCCUAAAAAAUGUCGUCUUAACGGGUUUCGGAAAAAUUACCUUGCUGGACCUUGAUACUAUCGACCUGUCGAAUUUAAACCGACAAUUCCUCUUCCGCAAAAAGGACAUUAAGCAGUCAAAAGCACUGGUUGCUGCACGUACCGCCCAAACUUUCAAUCCAAAUGUACGCAUCACUCCCAUACACGCAAAUAUCAAAGAACCGCAGUUUGAUGUUGCGUGGUUCCGUGGAUUUGAUAUCGUCCUCAACGCAUUGGAUAAUCUCGACGCACGAAGACAUGUCAAUAAACUAUGCCUCGCUGCGGGCGUUCCACUAGUAGAAUCCGGUACGGCCGGCUACUAUGGUCAAGUACAGCCCAUAUUAAAAGACCGAUUCGAGUGCUUUGACUGUUUACCGAAACCUGUUCCAAAGACAUUCCCCGUUUGCACCAUUCGAAGUACACCAAGUCAACCAAUCCAUUGUAUCGUGUGGGCUAAAAGCUACUUGCUACAGCAAUUAUUUGGAGAAGACGAAUAUGGCAGCGACGAACUCGACGAUGCGGAAAGAGCAGGUGAAAAUUCUGAGGAAAUUGCAAACUUACGGAAAGAGGCGCAGGCAUUCGCCCUUGUCCGGAAAGCACUUCGUACUAACUCUUCCCCUAAUGGAACUGCAUCGGAUGGGCGAGAUUACAGCGACAAACUGAAAGACCCAGCGCGUCUUGCUUUUGACAAGGUCUUCAAUUCUGACGUCAGAAAUCUCUUGAGCAUGUCAGACAUGUGGAAGACUCGAACGCCACCAGUACCUCUAGACUAUGAUGGCAUAGCUGAUGGCACAUUCAGUCUAAGUGCUGGCUCAUCAAGCGUCCCUAACGGGAUAUCUGAACCUAACGGUAGUGCUAACAAUGCGUCACCGAAGCCAAUGGUUAACGGAAUCGCGAAGACAUCCGAUUCCACGCCAACUGCAUCGUCAUCGGCUCUGGCAUCCUCGCUUAAGGACCAGAAGGAACUCACACUACAGGAAAGCUUGGUCCUGUUCGUUUCGAGCACGCAUCGUUUGGCUGCACGAUUGCGAAAUGGAGAAGAUACGAUUUCGUUUGACAAGGACGACGACGACACACUAGACUUCGUAACCGCUGCCUCAAACUUACGUUCAGCGGCUUAUGGUAUUCCGCGAAAAAGUCGCUGGGAAAUCAAAGAAAUGGCAGGGAACAUCAUACCAGCUAUCGCAACCACAAACGCAAUAAUCGCUGGUAUCAUCGUACUACAGGCAGUACAACUACUGCGAAAGAACUACAGCGGCCUGCGUAACGUACAUCUUCAGCGUAAGGCCGAGGUACCUCUAAAUGCCUGUACCGUCGGACUACCAGCACCAGGGUGCGGAGUUUGUCGCGAUAUAUACGUUGACUUUCCCUGUGAUCCUGAGCGCGUCACUCUGUCUGAAGCGGUCAAUGGGCUUCUUGGUACUGGUGAAGGAGUCGAUCCUGGAACAGGACUGCGGGACGUUUCCGUAUACGAAGACAAACGAUUACUCGCUGAUCCGGACUUCGAAGACAAUUUGGACCGAUCACUUGCCAGCCUUGGCGUGACGCACGGGAAGUUCCUAACUAUCGUUGACGAAGAUGAGGAGUUAGGCACCAUUGCAGCCUCCAUAUCCAGAUUACCACCCAAUCAUCCCAUCGAUGCACCCGCAUACAUCCUACCCUCCCCUCUCCCCAUCCCACCAGAGGUGGUGAAACCACAACCAGCUCCUCCCACCUCCCCACCAUCUACACCAGCACGCAAACGAGUAUUAGAAGCAGAAGACCUCGCACACGGCGUUCCACCAGCGAAACGCGUAAAAGCAAACAGUAGCAACCUACAAGACGUAAACCUCUCAAGUCCCAGUAAGAAGCGUCGUUUCGAGGAGGAUGGGUUAUUGAUGCUUGAUGACCCCAACGAAAAACUCGAAGAUGGGGACGCUCCACAACUCAUUACUAUAGAUGAUUGA